AUGACAGCAGAACAAUCAAACGAAGAAUUGAAUACUUCAGUCAGUAACCAUUCGGAACAAUCUACCGUUUCGAACAAGGCAUCCGAGCAUGAUUUAAAGGAUGAAAACUUCCAAGGUGAGGAAGAACAAGUCGUUGGUUUGCCAAAGAAGCCAUUUAGCGCCUACACUAAGUCAGUUGUUAUACUUCUUUGUGUUGCCUUCGGUGGUUUCGUUUUCGGUUGGGAUACUGGUACCAUCGGUGGUUUUAUGGCUCACCCAGAUUAUUUACAAAGAUUCGGUAUGCAACAUUCAGAUGGUAGUUACUACUUCUCGAAUGUCAGAGAAGGUUUAUUAGUUGGUAUUUUCAACAUUGGUUGUGCUAUUGGUGGUAUUAUUUUAUCGAAGCUUGGUGACAUGUAUGGUCGUAAAUUCGGUUUAACUUGUGUUAUUAUUAUCUACAUUGUCGGUCAAGUUAUCUGUAUCGCAUCUGUUGAAGCUUGGUAUCAAUAUUUGAUUGGUAGAAUCAUUUCAGGUUUAGGUAUUGGUGGUAUAGCUGUCUUAUCUCCAAUGUUGCUUUCUGAAAGUUCCCCAAAGCAUAUCAGAGGUACUUUAGUGUCAUGUUAUCAAUUAAUGUGUACUGCAGGUAUCUUCAUUGGUUACUGUGUCAACUACGGUACUAAAUCUUAUGACAACUCCGUCCAAUGGAGAGUUCCAUUAGGUUUAAGUUUUGCCUGGGCUUUAUUCAUGAUUGGUGGUUUAACCUUUGUUAGUGAAUCUCCACGUUACUUAUGUGAAGCCAAUAAGAUCGAAGAAGCUAAGGUUGCUAUCGGCAAGACCAAUUUGGUUGAUAUUGAAGAUCCAGCUGUCCAAGCUGAAGUUGAUGCCAUCAUGGCUUCACUUGAAGUUGAAAGAGCUGCUGGUAAUGCAUCCUGGGCAGAAUUAUUCUCUACCAAGGGUAAGGUUUUACAACGUUUAAUUAUGGGUAUUAUGUUACAAGCUUUACAACAAUUGACUGGUGAUAACUAUUUCUUCUAUUAUGGUACUAUUAUUUUCGAAGCUGUUGGUAUGGAUGACUCCUAUGAAACUUCUAUUGUCUUAGGUAUUGUUAACUUCGCUUCUACCUUCGUUAGUUUGUACAUCGUUGAUCAUUAUGGUCGUCGUACCUGUUUAUUAUGGGGUGCUGCUGGUAUGAUCUGCUGUAUGGUUAUUUACGCCUCUGUUGGUGUUAAGUCUCUAUACCCACACGGUAGAAGCAAUCCUUCUUCCAAGGGUGCUGGUAACUGUAUGAUUGUUUUCACCUGUUUCUACAUUUUCUGUUUCGCCACCACCUGGGGUCCAUGUAUUUGGGUGUUGAUCUCUGAAACCUAUCCAUUAAGAAUUAGAUCUAAGGGUAUGGCUUUAGCCACUGCUUCUAAUUGGAUUUGGGGUUUCUUAAUCAGUUUCUUCACUCCAUUUAUUAACUCCGCUAUUCACUUCGCCUAUGGUUACGUUUUCUUAGGUUGUUUAGUGUUCAGUUGGUUCUACGUUUUCUUCAUUGUUCCAGAAACUAAGGGUUUAACUUUAGAAGAAAUUGAAGAAAUGUGGGUUACUGGUGUCUUACCAUGGAAAUCCAGUGGUUGGGUUCCAGCUGCCAGAAGAGGUGCUGAAUUUGAUGCUGAAAACUUCACUCAUGACGAUAAGCCAUGGUACAAGGCUAUGUUUUAA